AUGCCUCAGUCAAGAAUUAAUACGUCACUAUCUGUGGUUGGUGGAGAAAGUGACAUCCUUCCGUCAUAUGUGCAAGUCCUGCGAAAAUGGCGGGUGGCUCUGUGCACUACCCACGGCAGCUGCUACACCCGCCAGAAUCUGGCACGCCAUCUGUUUGAAAAGCAUCGAACACCAAGCGAUCAGCGAAGGAGAAUUGAAUCUAACACUCAAAUGCACAACGUGGCGGCUACGAACAGCGAUGCGGUGCAGCCGCCCGAUGGGACGGAGGAGAUUCAUGGGCUGCCGACCGUGCUUAAGUAUCUCUGCCAUUUUGAACAAUGUGACUUCCGUACGACGAGUACUGAUCGGAUCCGACAACACUACAAUCGGCAGCACCAGUGGCAAGUUUCCCGCCAAGGUGCGAUGCCAUGGCACCAAGCUCAUGUUCAGACAUUGUUUUCCCAGUCGCAAGCUCAACGUUAUUUUGCUGUAGUUCUGGCCGACCAGGUCCACUAG